GCCUUUUUCAGAGUGUGUGUGACUGUCUAUGGAUGGACUUGUCCACAUGAGGCGCUCUCUGCCCAGACAUCAGCCCGGCUGAUGAGGUAGAUCCGCGGCGUGUAGAUCUGCUCUCGCCCGCUCUUCUAGCCUCUGCGUUUCUGUGUGGGGCGGACUGCUCGGCGGCGUCGCGUCUACCUACCAGCUCCAGGAAUGGACUUUCCAGCCUCGCCAGCUCCGGCAAACCCACCGUUUCUCCUCCAGUCUUUCGGUUGUGAAGAGACAAACGUUCGGAGUUUGUGACCUGGACAUAUUUUCAACGCAGAGUUGAUCAGCCGUCAGCAGCACAGCGAGCAUUUAACGUCUUUUUUCUCCUUCACCCGCGAGACUUAUUUGUAGCCGUUGGACGAGAUUCAACUUAAACGAACCCGCAGACAUUUUGUUAUUUCUGAGAAAUUACACCGUUUUUUUCUUCAUCUUACUUUUUCCACCAGCGUAGCCGCAGCUAGCCGGAGAGAAAGCGAACUGAAAGCUUCCGACGGACGGCCAGAAGACGAAGGAAGGAGAAGAAGACACCAUUAUCCGCCGCUCGCCUCUUCCAAACGCCGCUGUGUUUAUUCAUUUACAUGCGUCGAGCUCACAUCGCUGCCGCUAGUGCGUUCAGGCGGAGAGCUCGCAACAGCGAUGGAUCAUUUUGACUGACAGCUUCUGAAGAAUUAGCUAGCUUAGCCAGAGAGGACUCAGCGCUGAUGGUGGUUUCCUGCUCGCAGACGCAGUAAAUACGGGGUCGGGACAGGUACAACUGAAUGGUCUUGCAUCACCCAAACAAGACGCCGACUGUUUUAGUUACCUCGCUGGAAAGUGCAUUACUCAUAUUCAGCCUCGUUUUUUUUUGAGGGGGGUCGCUAGCUACCGUUAGCUAGUCAUCCUGCUAGCGCUGGACAGCUCCUGUUUGAGGCUGGGCUAGCUUUUGGACAAAGGACCAACGCAAGGAAAAAUAUAAACACAGGGCACCCACUUGGUCGUAUUUGGGAAGGACAGCAACAAACAAGGAAUUGACAUGAUGUUUCCACAAUCAAGACACUCAGCUUCAUCGCAGCAGCUGAAAUUCACAACCUCUGACUCCUGUGACAGGAUCAAGGAUGAGUUCCAGUUCCUCCAAGCACAAUACCACAGCUUGAAGCUUGAGUGUGACAAGUUGGCCAGUGAGAAGUCAGAGAUGCAGCGCCAUUAUAUCAUGUACUAUGAGAUGUCCUACGGCCUCAAUAUUGAGAUGCACAAACAGGCUGAGAUAGUGAAGAGAUUGAACGGGAUCUGCGCACAAGUCCUCCCCUACCUGUCUCAGGAGCACCAGCAGCAGGUCCUGGCGGCCAUAGAGAGAGCCAAGCAGGUCACCCCCCCAGAGAUGAACUCCAUCAUAAGGCAGCUCCAGGCUCACCAGCUGUCUCAGCUCCAGGGCCUGGCCCUGCCCAUGACCCCUCUGCCGUUGGGCCUGAGCCAGCCGACCCUCCCCGCCGUCACCACCUCCUCUGGUCUCUUCUCCCUCUCCUCCCUGCUGGCCUCCCAAGCCCAGCUGGCCAAGGAGGAGAAAGCAUCACGUGAUGGAGUCGACAGCCAUCGUGAGGAGGAUGGAGACAAGUCAGAUUAGAUGGUGUCCCCCAUUCAGCUCUGUUUUUAUCCAGAGAUCUACAGCCUCUCCCCUGGUCUCCCUCUCUCUGACCUUAGCUAACACGGGUUUCAGUCCCAUCACCACAGCUCCAGCUACAGACCCCUAACCAACUCCCAUUACUGGGCGAGCUUUGGCACCUGCCUCUUAUGUCAGACUGGUCCCUAUCUCCUCAUAUUUACCAUGUCAGAUUGUUUCCUUAUAUUUCCUUUCUGUGUCUUUUCCUCAGACACUGUCCCCUUUUUAUAUGUGAUUAAGCAUCAUUUUUUUGUUUAUUUCUUUUCAUUAUCAGGAUUUCUAUUUUUGUUCCUUCCUGCCUUCCUGUCGCUCUGCCUCUCAGUUCUUAUUCCUGUUAAGUUUCCGAUUUUUCUCUUCCUCCCACUCCCAUCACGUCUCGCCUGUGUUGUAAGCGGGUGUCCAUGUUACACAGGACUGAUCUGUGAGACUGGUGUUAAAACAGGCUUAAUGUUAAACACAGGGAUUUUUUUGGCAAGCUGUUAAACUUGCAGACACAAUUAUUCAAAAUUCUUAAAAAUCAUUGCAUCAGUAUGAUGUUGAUGCUUUUUGGCACUUCAUAUUGCAUGUAUUCAUUCACAGCUCAGCGUCAAGUUUAAGUGGUGGAUUGUCUUGGAUCAGAUCAGGUGUUAAAAUAGUGCCCAGCUAAAGAGAGAAACAUCCCAAAAGCUUCUCUCUCUCUCUCUCACUCUCACACACACACACACACACCAACCAAAACGGCUGCUUUUUGAGCAGACUGAUGUUGUGUAGAAUCCUAAAUUUGUAUGGAGAAAACGAAAAGCGCCUUCUCAAACGUCCUGCUGAGAGCUGUAAGUCUAGAUAACAAACCCAGCUUCGUUAGCAAUCCCCCAUCAGAUUAAUCCAGCCAGCACCUUAACAGAAAGGCAACGUUUUCAUCAUUAAAGGACAAAGACGCCACUUGACUCCUGCGCCCUCCUUCACAGAGGGGAGAGGGUGUGCAUGUUGUGUGUUUGACAGCAGAGGGCAGUGUGUGUCUUUGAGGAAUUCCACCUCAUUGGAUUCAGGCCUGAGCAAAAACAAGGACAGGACAAUGACAGAGUGCAACAGUGUCACGAGGGGAGUGUCUUAUUUAUCUAUUCUGUGUACAAACUUAGUAAACAGAAACUAGACCGGUCACAUUAAUCUCUGCAUGCGGUCGGUCCCAGUCCGUGUCCUGAUCAAGUUUUUUAGGUCUAUUUGAAGGAACAUCUUUGCGAGAAAGACAGCUAGGCCUACUUUUUUGACCCAGCCUGUAAAUUUGAAUACUGUACGUUUGGGUUCACAGGUCUGUCUGCAUACUACAUAAUACAGAUGAUUUCUUGAGUUGAAAAUCUCCAUGACUCUCCAGUUCUCACAGGUGAAGCACAAGCAUCCUCCACAACUGCUCUGAUGAAUCAAAAACCCAAACUCCCCCUCACCAUCACAGGCCCCGCACACCUACUCAGCUGUUUUCAAUUACCUUGUCCGAUCAGGCCUCUCGUCAGGUGGAAGUUGGGUGAAUCUGUUAACAACGCGAUGUCACCAAAUUCUGUCUGUGUUCAAAAUCUCUGUCCAAAUUGUCACAAAUGGCAACGCCUCCCAGUUUGAUUCCAGCAGGAGAUCUUUGUUGCAGGCUAAUGCCCCAUUUAAUUACUUGAGCUUAAUUGCUGAACGAUGAACUUUGGCUGACAUGAGGCAUCUAUGUUCAUUUGGCUUUCAGGCACUUCCUUAUAAUUAAGGGCAAUGUCAGAUAUAUCAAAGCUUUCACAGAAAUCUGAGUUUCCCAGUUCUAAUUACCACCAGAAGUGUGAGGGAGAAGAGAGAGGAGGUCUAUUCAGGCGAAAUGAAUGAAUACAGCCUGCCGGGUGUUCUAAGGGUGUGUAGGGGCUUUAACGGGGCUAGAAGCAGGAAAAAUGGCUUUGUCCACACAUUUAUGGAUAUUUUUCUAAAUCAAUAUUUCCCCCUCUGUUUAAAAAUGAAUUCUGUCCACACAACCUUUGUUUUAUAAAACAUCUCUGGGCACAUGAGAAGGCAAAAAUGUUUCCAAAUACCAAGCGUGCUUACAGUACAGUACAUAGCAAGUCCGUGUGGCAUUGCGCAACCAAAGCAGAGGUGAAGAGGAAGAGUGAUGGAAACAGAGGUAAAACAAGAGUGAACUGACGGCAUUUGCUUGCCGGAGAGUCUUGUCAAAGUCUGUUCCCCUGUUGAUGUUACUAUCUUUCUAUUAGAUAAGAAAGUAACGAAACCUGCCUACUUACUAAUAUAACCGGGUGUUUUACUCUGCCCUUUUUAUAGCACUGAGAUCUGGGUUUUUAGGUUAAAAAGGGAUCCUUACUUUGGACAGUAGCCAUGUUGCUAACAUUUUAGCAACAGCAGCGCCAACAAUACUACCACAGGAAACUUGAGGAGAGUGGGUAGUUGAAAAGUUGUCUGUUUCUGCCUCAAAUAGAAUAAUCCAAAACAGUUUAGUUCACUUGUAACUGACCAUAAACAAAUGUGAUAGUCGUAGUGUCAGGCGCAGGCUCAUUACACAAAACUACAAUGGGCGCACUCGAAUUAGCUUAUUGACGCCUUUGUUUCAUGGGCCUUUUGGAGGGCAUUUUUUAAAAAAUCUCAGUUCUAGUGACCUAGGAAAAUACUCAUUUUGCAAAUCAUCUGUAUUCAUGUGGACAGCGGCAAAAUGUUGGCUCUCUGCACACCAAGAUGAAAUGUACAUAUUGAAGUUGUUUCACCAACGCAGACAUCUCCAGCAGAGGUUGCCUCAGCGGUGAUUGAACCUCUGACCAUGGCACAAAGAUUGUUUGAUUAAAUGAGUCUACGGUGGCGGCCCUCAUUUGUCUGAAUGUUGAUACGGUUUUACAAACCCAACAGACUAAUACAGAUGCUUCCAGAGAUGCACCAUGGGAAACUGCCUGUUGGCCUGCUUUUCUAAUCUCGUCUUCUCUCUCUGUGCAGUUCAACAUUUGUGUGCGCGCACACACACAGGCACAGGAACACACCUUACUUCGCCUCCUCUGUUUUAAUGGCUACACUGUGAGAAUGAAUCGAUAUGAAGAGUUUCAUACUUUAACAAACAUCCUUUUGAUUUGUAAACACUCUUGAGCAUGACGGUGAUGAUAAAGCACAUUUUAUUCUUGAAUCAUUCAGAAAGCAGACAGAAUAAUAAAAUCCCAUCUUGUGUCUGGAAGUGAAGAUGACGAACUGUUCCUUUUAUGAUGCCCGUUGUUGUGUAUGUAUGUGAAUACAUUAACACGGUGUGUAUAAACAGUUGUACAGGUUUGGUCGUUGCUGGUGAACCACAGAGAUAAAAAUGCAUUCCUGUUCUUACUAUGGCUAAAGCUAACAUGCUAUCCUGCUUGUGAAUUAAGCUCGCAGCUCAUCACCUCUCAUCAACACUGUAUGUAUGUUGCUACAUACUGUACUCAUUGUAGUGUAUGCAGAUUGUGUAGACAAAGCCACACACACACACACACACCUGUGCAUGUCUGCAGGGGAAACGAGAUUGAUUUCUUUCUAGUGGAGACGUUUUUUGUUUUGUUUUUUUAAGAAUGUUUGGUCCUAAUUUUCUGUGAUCAAUGCACUUGUUUUUCAUUUUUCCUCCUGUUUGUUUUGAGAUAUUAAUCGAUAUGAACUAGAGUGAGAAUUACAAAGCUGACGUUAUAAACAUACAAAUGAAAUUCUAUGUAUUUGUUAAAAGUAGUUGGAGGUGCUUGCCUCUGUAUACAGUUAUACAUAGAAAGCUUUAUGUGUAUAUAGCUGCAUCUUCUCUUGUUUGUCCUGGAUGAUUCCUGUGCUUUUGUGUUACAAAACUGAUGUGACACCAGGGGGGACACUGCAGUACCUUUUGCCCUUCCACCCCUUUCUUCUUCUCUGACCCCCGACUCUUUACCCCCAUGUCACAUCCCACCUUCCCAACUUUUUGCCCCCAUAGCGUGAAGCAUUGUAAGCGUUUUGAGCUUUGUAAAGGUCUUUUUUUAAAUACUUAUUUUGUGCAUAAUGUAAAACCUGAAAGUGUGUACUUUGGCGAAAAAAGAAAAAAAAAAUGUUUUGUGUCUGAAAUCAUAGCUUCAUUAAAACAAAAAACAAACAAAAAAAACUAUUAAAAAAAGUACAACAAACAUUUACUAUAAAUAAUAUGAAAUGUUCUGCAGUAAGGAAGGACUUCUGGUGCCUUACAAAUAAAGUCAAUCAAAUCAUAAGAAACUC